UAGUGGGUAUCCUCCUGAGUCCAUUGACUUGGAGAGCCACCUCUGGUCUUGGAUAUUACUCAACUCAAGGUAGCCUGGUGCUCUUGGGAGUGAUGGCUCAAAGCCUGUGCUGUCCUGGAAGGUUGUCAAGUUUAUGGACAGGGAAGCCCGGGCAUCUUUCUAGAGGCCGUCACAAAUGCGGAGGGCUGUACGCUCCAGGCCUCGAUGAAGAGCCCAAACAUGGAGACGUUCAAGCAGCAGAAGGUGGAGGACUUUUAUGACAUCGGGGAGGAGCUGGGGAGCGGCCAGUUCGCCAUCGUGAAGAAGUGCCGGAAGAAGAGCACGGGGCUGGAGUACGCGGCCAAGUUCAUCAAGAAGCGACAGAGCCGGGCCAGCCGGCGGAGCGUGUGCCUGGAGGAGAUCCAGCGGGAGGUGAGCAUCCUGCGGCGGGUGCUGCACCCCAACGUCAUCACGCUGCACGACGUCUUCGAGAACCGCACCGACGUGGUGCUCAUCCUCGAGCUUGUCUUGCAGAGUGUCCGGAGGAGAGCUCUUCAACUUCCUGGCCCAGAAGGAAUCCCUGAGUGAGGAGGAGGCCACCGGCUUCAUUAAGCAGAUCCUGGAAGGGGUGAACUACCUUCAUGCCAAGAAAAUCGCUCACUUUGAUCUCAAGUUGGAAAUCUACAUUUCUGAAGGAACCCACUCAACAGAGGAAGAUAUCAACAAGCAGAUAAAUGACAAAGAGCGAGUGGCGGCUGCCAUGGAGAACCCCAGCUUACGGGAAAUCGUGGAACAGUGUGUCCUGGAACCUGACUGAUAGCUGUUUUAGAGCCACUGAAGUAUAAUCAUUUGAUAUAUUUGUUUAAAGUCUUUGUAAAAUGUAAAAGAUUCAUGUUUAAUACAUAGGUGAUUUGUACCUCAGAGCAUUUUUUUAAAUGAUGAUUUCCAAGCAAGAUUUAAUUAUAAGGUAGUACCUAGUUUGUUCAAUGUCUUAACAUUCUCAGGAUUUGUAACCCUUAAAUAAUCAGACAAAGAUAUUUUCUAGUUAUUGUGUGUAAGAUGAGUUGCUAUUUUUCUGAUGCCCAUUCUGAUGCUUUUCAUGUGAAAAUAUUACUGUGCCCAAGUGUAUUCAAUUUAAACCAUUACUCUGUAAAAUAAAUAAAACAGAGAUGAUUCUUGUACACACA